UUUCCAGGUUUGAUCCCGGACUGCUGCUGCUGCUGCUGCUGCUCCCUCCUGCUGUCUGUCAGCUUUCAGGCCUCACCGCUCAUAUCAUGUAUCCUGAGAAGAAGAACUGGACGGACGCUCAAGCCUUCUGCAGACGGCACCACACGGACCUGAUUACAAUCAGAACCGCCGAGGAGAACCAGGACACUUAUGAGACUCGUGUUUGGAUCGGAUUGUACAAAAAAACCAAUGACGACAUUUGGAAAUGGUCCAGAGGAGAUGAGAACGCCACCUUCCUCCCAUGGCGUCAUGGUGAACCACACUACAGCGAGAAAUGCGCCCUGAAAGGCCACAAUUCAACGACCUGGAUGAACCUCAGCUGCAAUCGCAAAAAUCCCUUCGUGUGUUCUGAUGAGAAGCUGGUUCUGGUGAAGCAGAACAAGACGUGGGAGGAAGCUCUGGACCACUGCAGGUCUCUGGGAGGAGCGGACAGGAACCACACCUACGACCUGGUGUCCCUCGCCAGUCCGGCGGACUACAGCUACGCACGUGAAAGUGUGAAAGCAGCGACCACCGAUGAGGUGUGGACAGGCCUGCGCUUCCUGGCUGGACACUGGUUCUGGGCGGCUGGAGAAGCGUACCAACAGCACCAAGACAUCCAGAGCUGCCCGGGUCUCACUUCCUGUGGAGUCCUGGAGAAGACGACGGGGGAAAACUUCCAGACGAGAGACUGCGGGGAGAGAAGAAACUUCCUCUGCUACAAGACACCUUCAUUAAACUAG